AUGAACAAUAGAGAAGGGAUGAUGCAAUGUCAGUUUCCUCCGCCCAAAGAGAGCUGGGCAAAGGCACUAAUACCUCAGCUACCGCGCCACCUGCGGCUGACAAUGCUAUACGGGGUGCACUGGAGACACCCAGGCCCACACCGAGGAGUGGGCCAUACUUUGACCUGGUCUCCUCAAAGAAUGUCACUGCGCUACUGGGCAAAACCGCCUACCUGA